CCACCACUCUUCGAUUACCCCACCUUCUCUUCCCCGACUUCAACACUCACUUCCCACCCAGAUAUUCUGUUUCCAAUAUUUACCUAGACAAAGUGCUCUGGACGAUGUCAAAUGAACCUCUUCUGCCUUCCUAUGGUGCAGCGACGCAGCGCACCCGCCCCAACGAAUAUCGACUCGUCGCAAAGCACGCUCAUGCCUCACGCGCGCCGACAGACACUAUCUGUGCACCCGUCUUCUUGAUCAGCGCCAUCUUCACUACUGUCUGGGCCACAGAUCUCUUUGAGGGAACGCCAACUGGCUCUGCACCCCUUCUCCCAUACUUUGCUUCCAUCUCUCUCGUAAUAUCUACGUGUUUCUGGAUUGGUUAUCUCAUCACCAUCGCUAGCGAUAACGUCGGUGGCUCGGUGCUGCGGAGGAACGUUACGAUUGGUGUUGCAGUUGUGGGAAAAUUGGUACUUGCAACGGCUCACAUGGUGAUAUGGCAGGCAUAUAAGAUGCGGUAUGAGGGGCUUUGGACACCAAAUUGGGUAGUUGUGUUCAUGGCAGCGCAAGCUUGGUUUGAUGUAGUGUUCGUUGGGGUUAAUGGGUGGGUGUUGUGAGAGUAUUGAUACCUAGUCGCGGGAUGGACAGUGAAUGGAGCAAUGAAGGGACCAGAACACGUGGAGG